AACGGAAAAGAGAAGAAGAGAUGCUGAGAAAAAAUAAAAAACUGAAAGGAGAAGACGUGCAUGUGACGCUUCCGUGCGAAUUGGAGGAAGAAAUACUUUCUCGGCUUCCACCUUUAUCUCUUGCUCGAUUCAGAUCUGUUUGCAAACAAUGGAAUGCUCUUUGCAAUGAGAAUAGGUUCAUCAAUAACCACUUCGCUCUUGCUCGUCCUCAGUUCAUCUUCAUAACCAAUUCCAAUAUUUAUUCGAUAGAGAUUAUCGGUCUCGACGGGGUUGAUCCAACGAUUAAGUUGCGAGAGCUACCUUCCUCUCGUACCGCUUACCGUGAAUUGAAUUUGGAUUACAUAACCAUCACUACUUGCGAUGGUCUCUUGUUUUGUAACUAUUCGGAUUAUCCGAAGGUUACAGCACUCUGGAAUCCGUGGUUGAAACAAGUUAAAUGGAUCGAGUGCAAUGAUAAAUAUUUUGAUGUCUCUGGCGUGGGAUACGAUAAUACUAGACCCGAAAAGGUUUACAAGAUCUUAGGGUCUUUUAUAUCUAGUUGUAAAGUCGAGAAAGUUGCGAUCUACGAGUGUGCCUCUCACGCGUUCAAGUCUAUUGAUUCAUUUAACGAGCAAUGCCCCUUAAGCCAAGUUAAACGAUUCAGUGUGUCCUUGAACGGAAAUCUCUAUUGGCGUACUCGUAUUCCCCACACUUUAGACUUUUACAUCCGAAGCUUUGAUUUCUCGAGGGAUAUAUUCAAACACUUUUGUCUCCUUCCGUGCCGCGAGAAUCAUUUUCGCGAUCAACUUGUUCUCGGAGUUUACAAGGGAGAUAGGUUGUCCUUGUUAAAGCAAUGUUAUGUGACAAGGAGCGUUGAGAUUUGGGUUACGAAGAAGAAGAUUGAUAGUAACAACAAUGGAACAGAUGAAGUUGUGUGGAUUAAGUUGUUGACUUUGCCAACAAGUAACUUGCCAAACUUAUAUAAUAAGUGUUAUGGCAUUAGUUACUUCAUCUAUGACAAGACCACCCUUAUCAUGUGUUGUGGUGAAGAUGAUGGUGGAACGGCUUUCAUCUACAUUGUCAGGAGAGAUUUGUUCAAGAAGAUUCCAAUCGAUUCUGGGGUUUUCCGGUGUUGUCACUGUCUUUAUGCUCCCAAUUUUAUCCCGGUUCCUUUAGAUUCAGAUUGCAAGUCUAAUAAUUUUAUCACAUUUUCUUGAACCUUGUUCAUGUCUCUGUUUUCUUAGGUUUAAUAUUCAGUUUGUGUAAGAUUUCUUCAUGAUAAAUAUAGACUUACGAUUUCC